UGAAAUACGUCACUUACCCGCGACGAGCAGGCCGUUUCACACCCGCACACAUUUUAUGUGAAUGCUGUCAAAGCUCCUCACAAACUGCGUGUUUGCCCGGUUUCCUGAUAGUUUGUGCAAUGGCCUCGAAACGGCGGCCGGGUGAGAGUGAGAAAACAGAGAAGAAGAAAAAGAAGAAGAACUGCGAAGAAACAGCUGAACUUUGUUCGGCUAUAGAAGACGGACAGGUGACGAGAGCUGUGAAGGAGGCAUGGAGCCGGAGGACUCAAUACAGCCAGGGGGAUCUGGAGUUGGACUGCCACCCUUUCCCUCACUGCGUCAUCAGGAACUUCCUCGCCAGCGAGACCUUCGUAGAGAACCUGCAGAGUGAACUGCUGGAGCUCAACUUCCACGAGAAGUCAAACGAUCUGUACAAAUUUAAACAGUCAGAUGACCUGGGGAAGAGAACGGAGCCGCAUAUUGCGGGACUGAGGUCAGCACUGUUUGGGCGUUUCCGUUCCUGGCUCGGGGACGUGUUGGGGGUCGAUCUGGAGUCCACAGUGGAUAUUUCUUGUGCCAGAUAUGAAUACACAGAUGUUCUUUUGUGUCACGAUGAUGAAUUGGAGGGGCGGCGCGUUGCUUUCAUCUUGUAUCUCGUGCCUCCGUGGCAGAGCAGCGAUGGCGGAACCCUCGAUCUUUACUCAACAGACAGUAAUUUCCAACCACAGAGUAUUGUGAAGUCACUCGUACCCUCUUUGAACACUCUUGUCCUGUUUGAAGUUUCGCCCGUCUCCUUUCACCAAGUGUCCGAGGUUUUGACAGAGGACAAGUGUCGUCUGUCUCUGAGCGGCUGGUUUCACGGACCAUCUUUAGAGCGUCCUCCUCGCCACAUAGAAGCCCCCAUCCCACGGUGCCCACACUUACCGAGAGAUGAAACGUUGCUGCUGGAGUGGGUCAGUCCAGUCUACCUGGACAUAUCCUAUCAAGAGCAGAUUCAGGAGGAGUUUGAGGACAGCUCUGAAAUUCAGCUCAAAGAUUUUCUCAAGGAGGAGAAGUACCGGGAGGUGAGUGAAGCACUGAGACUCACUCAAAUUCAGUGGACUAAGAGAGGUCCGCCCAACAAGAGAUGCCAUGAAGUGGCUUCUCUGGACACCCUACCACAGUGUGUGAGCGCAUGUUGGGAACUGCUUCGUUCAGAGGCUUUCUUCCUGCUUCUCUCUAACUUCACUGGCCUUCGAUUGCACUACCUGUGUGCUGCUGAUGACGACGAUGAGAGUAAAGAUGAAGAGAAAGAGGACGUCCGGGGCGGAGAGGCCACGGGUUCUUCGUCCGAGUCACCGUCAGCGAAUACAAGCAGAGAGAAGGGUGCGUGUCAGAAACUGAGCACACCUGUGUGUUGUGGUGAACUGCGUCGAUGGUCUCAUGGUGGCUACACUCUGUUGCAUGAUGCAGAGGCGGCACAAGCAGAGUAUGCUUUGGACCUUGUUUUGCCUUUUGGCUGUAAGGACUGGCAGUCAGAGUUUGGGGGCUUCACGUGUUAUGUUGCUAAUGAAGAGGAUGAAGAGCUUCUGACCGUGUAUCCAGAGGACAAUUCCCUUGCCCUCGUCUACAGAGACAAAGAAACCCUCAAAUUUGUCAAACAUGUCAACCACAAAAGCUCCUCUGAUUCUGCUGACAGCCCUGCCUGCAGAACAUUUUAUGAUUUCUCUUUUGUGUACUAUGAAUAAAAAUAUUUAUCUAUC